AUGGACAGUAUAAGUCAUAUGCCUGAUGAGCUUCUCUUAAAAAUAUUGUCAUUAAGUCCUACUGCUAAGGAUGUUGUGUCCACAAUGGUUUUGUCAAAACGUUGGAAGUUUCUUUGGAUGUUAAUGCCAAAACUCGUAUUCGAUGAUGGCUAUCUGAACCCCGAGCAUGAAAGAUUUUCGCGGUUUGUAGAGAGAUCUUUGUUUCUGCACAAGGCUCCAGUUAUAGAAACUUUGCAUUUCAAAAUUGGUAAGAUAUGUGGUACUGGAGAUACUGAAGCGUGGAUCAGAGCGGCAGAGAAGCACUGUGUGCAUGAGCUGAUCAUUGAGAUCUAUAAGACUUCUACUCCAGUCACACUUCCAGUGAGUUUGUAUACAUGCUUCAAAAUGCUUAUGACCUUGAAACUACAUAACCCGGUUCUCGUGGAUGUUGAUUUUCCAAUUUCUUUCCCAUCUCUCAAGCAACUGUGUCUUAAAACCGUGAAGCACGGAGGUGAUGCAUUCGUCAAAAAGCUUUUAUCGAGUUGUCCUGUUCUUGAAGACUUGGUUGUGGAGCAAUGUGAAGAUGACAGUGUUGCUAUUAUGAGCGUUAGAGUGCCUUCCUUAAAGAGAUUAGUUUUGCAUAGAUUCGAAACCAAAUUUGCAAUCCAGGCUUCAGGGUUUGUGAUAGAUGCUCCUUCUCUGGAGUUCUUGGACGUUUUUCAUACAAAUGGGUUUUGUGUCAUUGAGACUAAUAUGACUAAGAUUGUGGAAGCAAACAUUGUCACUAAUGUUUGGCAUCCUUGGAAGAAGUUGGGUUCUAUUACUUCAUUCAAGCGCUUGUAUCUGUGCGUACCAUCCUCAAAGGAUGUGUAUCCCGACGGUAGUGUCUUCAACAGUCUUGUACGUUUAACGAUAUGCACAUGCGAGACACAGUGGCUGAACCUACUUAUGCGUGUGCUCAGAGAUUCCCCUAAUUUACGAGCUCUCAAACUUGAUCAGUGUCAUACCCUUCGAGCCAAAGACUCGCGCCCGUGCUGGAACACGUGCUGGAAUGAACAGAGUUCAGUUCCAGAAUGUUUGUUAUCAAGUCUUGAAACUUUCAGGUGGGUAUUUUAUCUAGGAACAGAAGAAGAGAAAGAAGCAGUAGCGUUUAUUUUUAGAAGCUCAAAGUGUUUGAAGAAGGCAACUAUUAAUAUCUCCUCUAAAGCUAUUGAGAGUGACAAGAAACUUGAGGAGAUCAAGGAGUUGUUCUCCUCAUCGAGGCGUUCACCAGACUGUCAGCUUGCAUUCCAGUGA